GAGAAAGGUCAACCAAAUCGCACCACCAAGAGCAAGGACGCCCACGUGUGUGGCCGGUGCUGUGCCGAGUUCUUUGAGUUAUCGGAUCUUCUCCUCCACAAGAAGAACUGCACUAAAAAUCAAUUAGUUCUCAUCGUCAAUGAGAGCCCGGCCACCCCGCCCGACACCUUCACUCCCAGUCCCCCUCCCGACAACCCCGACGAACAAAUGAAUGACACCGUGAACAAAACGGAUCAGGCCGACGGCGGCGACCUUCCGGAACACGGCGGAUGCGACAGGGAAGAGUCCAUGGAGGUGGAGGCCCCGGUGGCGGCUAACAGAGGUGGCGGUGGCGCCCUGGUGGGGGGCGGGAGCGGGGUCACCCCAGGCUGCAGCGGCGGCCCCUCCACAGGUACCUCAGCGAUCACAACCUCUCUACCUCAACUCGGGGACCUGACGACACUGGGCAACUUCUCCGUGAUCAACAGCAACGUCAUCAUCGAGAACCUGCAGAGCACCAAGGUGGCGGUGGCCCAGUUCUCGCAGGAGGCGAGGUGCGGCGGGGCCUCCGGAGGCAAGCCGGCCGUCCCGGCCCUCAUGGAGCAGCUCCUCGCCCUGCAGCAACAGCAGAUCCACCAGCUGCAACUGAUCGAGCAGAUCCGUCACCAAAUAUUGCUGUUGGCUUCUCAGAACGCAGACUUGCCAACAUCUUCGAGUCCUUCUCAAGGUACUUUACGAACAUCUGCCAACCCCUUGUCCACACUAAGCUCCCAUUUAUCUCAGCAGCUGGCGGCGGCAGCUGGAUUGGCACAGAGCCUCGCCAGCCAGUCUGCCAACAUCAGCGGUGUGAAACAGCUGCCCCCCCUCCAGCUACCUCAGAGCACUUCUGGCCACACCCUCCCACCCAACAGCGGCGCUUCCCCCAGCAUUAACAUCUUGGCGGCAGCGGUGACCACCCCGUCCUCGGAAAAAGCGGCUUCGAGCGCCGGCGCCUCCCACGCCAGCCACCCCGCAGCCUCGGCAUCGUCGUCACCAGCUUUUGCAAUAAGCAGUUUGUUAAAUCCUGCGUCCAGUGCACUUCUACCUCAGCCGGCCCCCGCUAACUCGGUUUUCCCCAGCCCUUUGCCCAACAUCGGAACGACUGCGGAGGACUUAAACCCCUUGUCCGCCUUGGCCCAGCAAAGAAAAAGCAAGCCACCAAAUGUCACCGCCUUCGAAGCGAAAAGCGCUUCGGAUGAGGCGUUCUUCAAACACAAGUGCAGGUUCUGCGCGAAGGUCUUCGGGAGCGACAGUGCCUUGCAGAUCCACCUGCGCUCCCACACCGGCGAGAGGCCGUUCAAGUGCAACAUCUGUGGGAACAGGUUCUCCACCAAGGGGAACCUCAAAGUCCACUUCCAGCGCCACAAAGAGAAAUACCCUCAUAUCCAGAUGAACCCCUAUCCCGUGCCUGAGCAUCUGGACAAUAUCCCCACGAGCACCGGCAUCCCGUACGGCAUGUCCGUCCCUCCGGAGAAGCCGGUCACCAGCUGGCUAGACACCAAGCCGGUCCUGCCCACUCUGACCACUUCGGUCGGCCUGCCGUUGCCCCCGACCCUCCCGAGCCUCGCACCCUUCAUCAAGACCGAAGAGCCAGCCCCGAUCCCCAUUGGCCAUUCCGCCAGCAGCCCCCCGGGCUCAGUCAAAAGUGACUCCGGGGCCCCCGAGGCGGCCACGCGAAACCCGGGCGGGCUCGCAGAGGAGGCCGAAGGGCCCCCCGCGCUACCCUCCGGUGGCAAAAGUGAGGACGGCACCGUGGCCCCCAGCUCCGCCCCGGCAGCCAGCGGCAGCUCUCUGAGCUCCCCGGCGGUGGCGACGGCCGACGGUGGCCCCGGGAGGGCCACCGCUUUCACCAACCCCUUGUUGCCGCUCAUGUCUGAGCAGUUCAAGGCCAAGUUUCCUUUCGGGGGGCUCUUGGACUCGGCCCAGGCAUCAGAGACCUCCAAGCUUCAGCAGUUGGUAGAGAACAUUGACAAGAAGGCCACUGACCCCAACGAGUGUAUCAUCUGCCACCGGGUCCUCAGCUGUCAGAGCGCCCUAAAGAUGCAUUACCGGACGCACACCGGGGAGAGGCCCUUUAAGUGUAAGAUCUGCGGCCGGGCGUUCACCACGAAAGGGAACCUCAAAACCCACUAUAGCGUCCACCGUGCUAUGCCCCCGCUCAGAGUCCAGCAUUCCUGCCCCAUCUGCCAGAAGAAGUUCACGAACGCCGUGGUCCUGCAGCAGCACAUCCGGAUGCACAUGGGAGGUCAGAUCCCCAACACCCCAGUCCCCGACAGCUACCCCGAGUCCAUGGAGUCCGACACGGGCUCCUUUGACGAGAAGAAUUUCGAUGACCUGGACACCUUCUCCGACGAAAACAUGGAGGACUGUCCUGAGGGCAGCAUCCCCGAUACGCCCAAGUCCGCGGACGCGUCCCAGGACAGCUUAUCUUCUUCGCCUUUGCCCCUAGAGAUGUCAAGCAUCGCUGCUUUGGAAAAUCAGAUGAAGAUGAUCAGCGCCGGCCUGGCGGAGCAGCUGCAGGCCAGCCUGAAGUCCGUGGAGAACGGCUCCGUCGAGGGGGACGUCCUGACCAACGAUUCGUCCUCGGUGGGCGGCGACAUGGAGAGCCAGAGUGCGGGCAGCCCGGCCAUCUCAGAGUCUACCUCUUCCAUGCAGGCUCUGUCCCCGUCCAACAGCACCCAGGAGCUCCGCAAGUCCCCUGGCGCGGAGGAGAAGCCCCAGAGGGCAGUCCCGAGCGAGUUCGCCAACGGCCCGUCCCCCACCCCGGUGAACGGUGGGGCUCUGGAUUUGACGUCCAGCCACGCAGAGAAAAUCAUCAAGGAAGAUUCUUUGGGGAUCCUCUUCCCUUUCAGAGACCGGGGUAAAUUUAAAAAUACUGCUUGCGACAUUUGUGGCAAAACCUUUGCUUGUCAGAGUGCCUUGGACAUUCACUACAGAAGUCAUACCAAAGAGAGACCAUUUAUUUGCACGGUUUGCAAUCGCGGCUUUUCCACAAAGGGUAAUUUGAAGCAGCACAUGUUGACACAUCAGAUGCGGGACCUACCAUCACAGCUCUUUGAGCCCAGCCCCAACCUCGGCCCCAAUCAGAACUCGGCGGCGAUCCCCGCCAGCUCGUUGUCAUCUCUCAUCAAGACAGAGGUCAACGGCUUCGUGCACGUCACGCCUCAGGACAGCAAGGACACCUCCACCGGUCACGUCCCCUCUGGGCCUCUGUCCUCCUCUGCCACGUCCCCAGUUCUGCUCCCGGCUCUGCCCAGGAGAACCCCCAAACAGCAUUACUGUAACACGUGUGGCAAGACCUUCUCCUCGUCGAGUGCCCUGCAGAUUCACGAGCGAACUCACACUGGAGAGAAACCCUUUGCUUGCACUAUUUGUGGGAGAGCUUUCACGACAAAAGGCAAUCUGAAGGUACCUCACUCUGUCUGUCCCUCACACCCC